AAGAUAGUGACAGUGUUCUUGAAUUUGAAAAUGACAAUACUGGAUGAAGCUUAUAAGAGUGCCUUGCUGUAAUGGAAUUCUAUUGUAUUGUUAUCACAAGUCGAUACUAGAAAUUAUACGCAUGGAUAAAAACAUAAGGGUACAUCGCUGUAAAUAUCCACUAUUUGAUAUGUGAUUUACAUGUAUAAUGUUUUCAGGAAUUCAACUUUCGGUCAUUUCAAAGCGCAUAUUCCAACGAUUUGAUAUGAGCCGCCUAUGUCAACAUAGAAUCACAAAGAUUUACACAAUAUUCGUCGCAGUAGUAACAUUUAUGAUUGUCUUGGACCUUGUUCAGUUUUCAGCUCGCCCUUUUACCAUAAUAGUUGGAAAGAAAAGUAAUGUUUUUGGUCAACUUCAAAUUAAUGUGAACCAUAUGAGAACUUUGGAUGUUGUUGAGAAAAAAGUGCCGCCGUUUAUAAAAGUUAAAAAUGCUCGAACAUAUUUAUUUUCUGCCAUCAUUUCCCGAGUCGAAACCAAUCACAAUAAACAAAAUCAAACCAAAAUAAUAACUAAAGUAACUUCAACAGCCAUAGUGACAGGAUGGGAACUUGGAAAGUAUUCGUCGGUAGAUUUUAAAUGUUGUUUUAGAUUAAAGAAUGAAAAAUAUGUCUCGAUAAUUUCUUCAAAUAAAUCCCAUUGGUUGUAUGUCGGUAAGGCUAAAUUACAGGCAAAGCAAUUCAAAUGCUUGAUCAAUUUUAAUGUUGAAGACAUAAAUUCCUUAACUAUUUUGUCCGACAUUAAUGCAGCUUGUCCGAAAGAAAAGGAAUUCUAUCUUGUCCCUACUAUUGUAAAACGUAAAAUCAACCCCGCAAAUGUAAGAGAACGGAAAAUUGGUGUUUGUGUAAAACUCACAUAUGGAUCUUUAGAUGCACAAAGGCUGAUAGAAUGGUUUGAGAUUCAUAAAUUGUUUGGUGUUGACAAGGUCAUAGCAUAUACCUACAACUUAAAUCAAAAUGCAAGCAAAGUGUUGAAGUUUUAUGAAAAAAGUGGAAUAGCUGAGGUUUAUGGAUUUGACCUUCCUGAGAAAGGUGUAAUAUCGCGAGAUGUUGGAGUGAAAAAUAUGCAAUCAUGGAAUGAUGAACAGAUAACAUUGUUUGACUGUCAAGAGAGACUUAGUAAUUACGAUUAUGUAGCUGUUGUUGACACGGACGAAUUCAUUGUUCCAAAUACAAAGCGGUUCCAAGACGCUUGGAAAGUAUUUUUGGAUAAGAAAUUUAGGAAAGUUACACUUGCUGGGUUGCUUUUUUCUGUAAGAAUACAUGCAGACACAUGGGGACAAACGAACAAAAGUCAUCCACUUUACAUAGGACAGUAUAGCAACUGUACGCUACCAAUGCUGGACAGGGUUAAGGGGAUAUACAUGCCGUCCCGGACUCAACCAGGAAGUGUUUCGACGCACGCAUUUCGUCCUUUGAAAGGCUUUAAUCGGGCUUACGUGAAGGCACAGGAGGCUUCUAUGCAUCAUUACAGAAGCUGUAGGAAGGAAUGGCUUAAACCAUGCUCUGUGGAGGUCAGCAAAGAGAAACGUUACCUGUAUAAUAUGAAAAAUACAACUAAAUGUUUCGAUCUCCGUCGAUCACAUUCACAAAUUACAGAGGAAUUAGCCAACGUUGUCAGAGAUGAAGUGCUUUUGCAAGUUCAAGAAAUCGGAGUGUGAAAUCAAAAGUAUAUUUUGGUGGCAUGUCUAAUUAUUUAAUUUAUAUGAAUGAUUAUGUAGUGGAUAUUUAUUCAAGUGUUUUUUUUUUAUAAAUACAGGAUUUGUUUUCAUCGAGUAGUAUGAAAAUAAAUAUUAAUUUUCAUGAGUGGCGGUUGCCUGGUUACCUGUUGCAAAAGGAGUUGAAGAAGUUACUCUUUAUCAAAUUUUACAAUACAUGCAGGUUCUGGCCCCUACAUGGACAGAUAUUGUAUGAACUAGAUUUAGUAAAGAGUCCUGUUUAAGGAG